CUUCUUCCCAGCUCUGGGACGCUUCUUCUUCUCCUGCCUUCUCUCAUGGUGGUGGUUUAGGGUUUGGUGUCGGAGGUGUGACGAUGGCGGUAGAUCUGAUGGGGUAUGGGAAGAUGGACGAGCAGAUGGCGAUCCAGGAGGCGGCCACCGCGGGGCUCCGCUCCAUGGAGCACCUCAUCUUCCAGCUCUCCCACCGCCACCAGUCGCCGCAGCUCGACUGCCGCGAGAUCACUGACCUUACCGUCUCCAAGUUCAAGAAGGUCAUAUCCAUCCUCAACCGCACGGGCCACGCCCGCUUCCGCCGCGGCCCCGCCGGGCCGCCGACGGAGAACCCGCCUCCGCGAGCGCCGCUGGCCCUGACCCUCCCACCGGCCAAGCCGCCCCGGCACCUGGCCCCGCCGCCGCCGCCGCCUCCCCCUCCGCCGCCGCAGGCCUUGACCCUCGACUUCACGAAGCCGGUCGCCAUCGGCGGGCGGAGCGAGGCCACCGGCAGCAAGUACACGACGGAGAGCUUCAGCAUCUCGACGACGAUGACGUCCGCGACGUCGUCGUUCAUGUCGUCCAUCACCGGAGACGGCAGCGUCUCCAACGGCAAGAUCGUAUCCUCCUCCUUCCUCCCCGCCUCCUCCGGCAAGCCUCCGCUCUCCUCCUCCUCCUUCAAAAAGAAGUGCCACGAGCACGCUCACUCCGAGCUCGUCGCCGGAAAGUACGCCGUCCCCGGCGGCCGCUGCCACUGCUCCAAGCGAAAGAAAUCUCGGGUCAAAAGGACGAUACGGGUGCCGGCGAUAAGCUCGAAGACGGCCGAUAUCCCACCCGACGAGUACUCCUGGCGCAAGUACGGGCAAAAGCCCAUCAAGGGCUCCCCCUACCCGCGGGGCUACUACAAGUGCAGCAGCGUGAGGGGGUGCCCUGCGCGGAAGCACGUGGAGCGAGCGCCCGACGACCCCACGAUGCUGAUCGUCACCUACGAGGGCGAGCACUACCACAACCGCGGCGCCGCCGUCGCCGCGCCUGCAGAGCCAUCCGACGUCCCCAUGGCCGCCGUCUGACGCCUCACAUCCCUCCUCUAGUCUUCUUCUCCCGCCUCCCCUUUUUAUUUUCCCCUUUUGUUUUAUCUCCCCUUAUUUCCCGAUCUCCCGCUACUGUAAAAAAAGGGAAAAAAAAUCGCGAAAAAAGAAAAGAAUAUUCCAGAAAUUUGACCGCACUCCGAGGGGAGGCGCAGUGGAGUGGAGUGAGUUGAUCUUUAAAAAGCGUGCAUCGAUCUCGUGGUAAGCUUAAAAUUGUUGCGUGCAUGUCAAAGAUGCUCUCUGCCUUCCCACCUCCAUCGGUCAUGCUGUAUCCACUACUCAAUUCUAUCGCUGAGCAGCUGAAGGCUGCCAUCCUUGGAUGGUGUGUGAGGCGCAUCUCCUGUGGACUGGCUGCAAUAUGGGCAGUGGUCGAGGCUAAAGCAGUGAUAGUUUUGGAUGUUUGCUCCGCUACUUUCUAUUGCUUUUGCAGUAUGUACAUACCUAUAUCCCCAUCAAAAAUCUGUGGAAAUUUCAUGAGA